AUGCCUGUCCUCUUAGUUCAGCUGCUGGUGCUCUUGCCUCUGGGGAAGGCUGUGGGGCACCCGGGCGGCUUCCAGGGACAGAGUUCUGUUUCCCUUGGGCUCCUGCAAAGGAAUCGCAGAGAGCUUCCCACAGGCAACCCCGAGGAGGCUGAGGAGAAGCCAGACCUGUUUGUUGCAGUGCCACACCUGAUAGGUGCCAGUCCUGCGGCAGAAGACCAGAGACACAGAGAGAAGAUGCUGUUCAGGUUUGGCAGGUUCUGGAAGAAGCCUGAGAGAGAACUACACCCAACCCAGGACCCGGUCAGUGGGCACUUCCCACCUGGGUCCCAGGCCCUCACUCAGUCCAAGGAUGGGAUGCAGAUAAAGACGUCUCCUCUUCAGGAAGAAGCCAAGAAAUUCUGGCACCACUUCAUGUUCAGAAUGAGUCCAUCUUCUCAGGGGGUCAUCUUGCCUAUCAAAAGCCAUGAGGUGCAUCAGGAGACCUGUAGGACAGUGCCUUUCAGCCAGACUAUCACCCAUGAAGACUGUGAGGAAGCAGUUGUACAGAACAACCUUUGCUUUGGGAAAUGUGGGCCUGCUCGUGUUCCUGGAGUUGCACAGCACCCACACCUCUGCUUCCAUUGCUCGCCCGCCAAGUUCACCACAGUGCACUUGCAGCUGAACUGCUCGGGCCUUGUCCCCGUGGCCAAGGUGGUGAUGUUGGUAGAGGAGUGCCAGUGCAAGGGGAAGACGGAGCAUCACGAGCAUGGACACCUCCUCCAGGCAGGCUCCCAGGCAGAAUUUCAUGCCCAUGAUCCCUUUAUCCCAGGAUUUUCAACUUAA